ACAGAUGGCUGAUGACGCACAUUCUGAAUUGACUUUCGGAGCCCCAUUCCCCAAAUGAGAAUCCAUCAGCCCCAUUCUGCUACUGGCUUUUUUCAACCUUCAAAAGAACACAGCAUUCAUACCGAAUUCCCCACCGAACCUGCAAGCUGAACUCAUAACUAGUUUUUGACUAGCACGCACUGCAAUACAUACGACUUACCACCACCACAGGCUUCGUAUCGUAUCACUCUUCAUUACCACCUUCAACCAUCAUCUUCAGCCACGAUGCCUCCCGCGCACCAAGCCACGAAGGCCGCCAACACAGACCAGCUUAUCCAGGAUGACCCUUAUCUCAAGCCCUACACCGGCGUCAUCGAGCACAGAUACGCGCAAUUCUCGCGGUGGAUGGACACGAUCAACAAGGAUGAGGGAGGCAUCGACAAGUUUACGAGGGGAUGGGAACGGCUGGGCUUCAAUGUGGAUGCAAAGACGGGAGAGAUUACUUACAGGGAGUGGGCUCCGGGGGUUACUUCCACGGCUUUGAUUGGCGAGUUCAACUCCUGGAACAGGGAGUCGCACCCUAUGAAGAAGCUGGACUUUGGAGUGUGGGAGGUCAAGCUCCCGAAGAAGGCUGAUGGCUCUCCGGCUAUUCCACACGACUCGAAAGUGAAAAUCUCGAUGACCAAACCCAACGGAGAGCGUAUCGAGCGCAUACCCGCCAUGAUCAAGCGUGCCACCCAGGAUCUGAGCGUCAGCCCAGUUUAUGACGGUAUCUUCUGGAACCCGCCGAAGAAAUACGUCUUCAAGAACAAGCCUCCGGCACGACCAAAGGAGCUUCGCAUUUACGAGUCGCAUGUUGGUAUCUCAUCACCCGAGCCGAAAGUCGCGACAUAUAAGGAGUUCCGUACGCAGACGCUCCCACGCAUUGCGUACCUGGGCUACAACACGAUCCAGUUGAUGGCUGUGAUGGAGCAUCCUUACUACGCCAGUUUUGGAUAUCAGGUUACCAACUACUUUGCGCCAAGCAGCAGAUGUGGAACACCGGAGGAUUUGAUGGAGCUUAUCGAUGCUGCCCAUGGAAUGGGGAUCACUGUGCUUUUGGAUGUUGUGCACUCGCACUCCUCGAAGAAUGUGGCGGAUGGAAUCAAUGAGUUUGACGGCACUGAUCACUGCUUCUUCCAUGAGGGUGGACGUGGCCGACACGAGUUGUGGGACAGUCGACUUUUCAACUACGGCCACCACGAAGUCCUCCGCUUCCUCCUCUCCAACCUCCGCUACUGGAUCGUCGAGUUCGGCUUCGACGGCUUCCGUUUCGACGGCGUCACCAGCAUGCUCUACACCCACCACGGUCUCGGCGCCGGAUUUGGAGGCGGCUACGACGAUUACUUUGGCUCGCAAGCCGAUACCGAGUCUAUCGUUUACAUGAUGCUCGCGAAUGAGAUCAUGCACAAACUUCACCCGCAUAUUGUCACCAUUGCUGAGGAUGUUUCGGGUAUGCCGACGCUGUGUCGACCGGUGUCGGAGAGUGGGAUUGGGUUUGAUUAUAGACUCGCUAUGGCGAUUCCGGAUAUGUGGAUUAAGCUUUUGAAGGAGAAGACGGACGAGCAAUGGGAAAUGGGCCAUCUCGUUCACACCCUGACAAACCGCAGAUACAAGGAACCGACAAUCGCAUACUGCGAAUCGCACGACCAAGCUCUGGUUGGAGACAAGACGAUCGCUUUCUGGCUCAUGGACAAGGAGAUGUAUACCAACAUGUCGGAUCUCACUGAGCUUACGCCCGUGGUGGACCGCGGUUUGUCGCUGCACAAGAUGAUUCGUCUGAUAACUUUUGCACUGGGAGGUGAAGGGUACUUGAACUUUAUGGGCAAUGAGUUUGGUCACCCUGAGUGGUUGGACUUCCCCCGCGCCGGCAACAACUCCUCCUUCCACUACGCCCGGCGCCAAUACAACCUGAUCGACGACAAGCUCCUCCGCUACAAAUACCUUAACGAAUUCGACAAAGCCAUGAACACCCUCGAAUCCACCACUCACUUCUUCACCUCCCCGCACCAAUACGUCUCCCUCAAGCACGAAGGGGACAAGGUCAUCGCGUUCGAGCGCGGCGACGGUCUGCUGUGGAUCUUCAAUUUCAACCCGACGCAGAGUUUUGUGGAUUACAGGAUCGGGACGGAAUGGGCGGGGACGUAUGAGAUUGUGUUGGAUAGUGAUUGGAAGGAGUUUUGUGGGCAUGCGAGGGUUGAUCGCAAGACGAAGUUUUUCAGUACCGCGCAGCCGUGGAAUGAUCGGAAGAAUUAUAUUCAGGUCUACCUGCCCAGCCGAUCAGCCUUGGUUCUCCAAGUCAAAAAGUAGAUAGAUUCCUCCCCAUAUCUUGGCGUCUUCCCACUUUCUGCCCAGUUAGUCGCUUCUGGACCCUUUUUCUCGUCGAGCUAGUUGAUGUGCGCAACCUUUACUUCUUUUGGGCACUUGACCAUUCAUGUGUAUUUUUUCCUUUUACUGUUACAAGAUGGACUUCCUUACAGACGUAU